UUUAGUUUCUUUAGUUAAUUUCGGUAAUUUCACAAUAAUGGUGAUGGUCUUCAGCUUUUGUAUUUCAAUAUUCCUUCAAGAAUUUCUUGUUAAAUCUGAACCUCUUAUUUCAGAAGCAGUUAAGUAUGCUAUUGAUAGUUCAUUUAAUUAUGUUGCUAAUCAAUUAAAUGUUGUAAUUGAAACUGAUUUGGAUGAGAGCAAGGAAAUCUUUCUCGAUGUAAUUGAUGAUAUCAUGAAGAAAAACUGGACAUUCAGCCUUCAAAUUGACGUUAAUAAUAAGAUUGUGCAAUCAACAGGUGACCAUAAUUUGUGGUUUAUUGACUCUUAUGAGGCAUUUCGACGUCUUCUUCCAUGGAUUCCCGCCUAUCACACGGACUCACAGCUUUAUUAUUUUUUGGUCCUGAGGAAUAAAGUGUUUGAAAAGAGUCAUGUCCAUGAUGAGAUACAAUCAAUAUUUCAUGAUUUUCUUCAAUUUAUGAUCGCCAAUGUCAAUGUUAUAACAGAAACCGCUUCGGGAGAAGUUUUGUUUUACACCUUUUACCCGUAUCAGGAAUCCGAUUGUCGAUCAUCAAAGCCUGUUAUCACACAAACAUUUAGGAAUAAUGGUAGCAUUAAAUCAAUUACACCAUUUUUUCCCCCAAAAACAGACAACUUUCAUCAAUGUCCUCUACGAAUUAGAACCGGUAACGAUGUCGUUCUAAACAUGGGAAACUUCAGUAUAAACAACCAACUAGUAAACUACGAGAUGUCGUUUCUAGAAGCUUACAUGUUCACUGAGAUUAGUGAAAGAAUGAAUUUAACUUUGGAAAUAUAUACCACCGAUCAUUCAAAGCCGUUCAAACUUAGCAACAAUGGAACUAUUCUUCGUCAUGUACCCCAACAGCCGCUUGUUUAUGGUGAACUCGAUGUAGCAUUUGGAUUCUACGCCAAUACCGCUAAGUUGAUUCGUUUUGUAUCGAACAGCGUUCCGUACUAUUUGACAAAUGUGGUAAUAACACUCUAUCCACAUAGUGAUACCUUGCUCUCGAACGCUUGGGUUUUAGUUCCCUUUACCUCGGUCACAUGGAUUUGUAUCUUUGGUUCUUUUGCACUGAUAAGUGGAUGUGCUAUUCUGAUAAAAAGAAAUACAAAAUUUUGCAGAAUUUUCAACCUCGAAAAUGAUCAUCCAGCCAGUCUUGAAAUACUAUCGAUCGCUAUUGGAGUAUCAGUUGGACACUUGCCAAGAAAAACUAAUCUUCGAUUUUGUUUUGUAGUCCUGAGUUUGAGCACUUUGGUUCUGAGAUCAGCUUAUCAGGGCAAACUUUUUGAUGCUUAUCGAGGACGAGCAAUGGCGGAUUUACCACACACCAUUCAAGAGCUUUUUGCUGAAAACUACACAAUUUACGCCCACAGUCACUAUCAAACAAUUGUUAAUUAUGUAAAUGAAAUUGAAUAUCUAAAUUUACAAGAUUUGGGAAUUCGUUCCAGAGCUUUCAGUUUUCUAGAACUUGAAGAGAGGAUUGCCCUGGUAACGUCAUUUGUCUAUAUUUAUACAUUUUACACACUUGAAGAACGCCAGAAAUUAGUUUCGGCUGCUAUUUUGCAAGAACAGAUUUGUUUAUAUUUUCAACAACACUCAGUUAUUCGACCAAAUAUCAAUGACAUUGUAAUGAAAUUGGAAGAAUCUGGUAUAUUGCAUAAUUGGAGAAAGAAUUUUGAAAGUAUAAACGCUUACAGGCUUCAAGCAGGAGAUUCUAGGACUGCAGAACCUUUAGUAUUGGAACGAUUAACAUUUACGUUUUAUUUAGCUGGCGCGCUUAUUGCAAUUUCUUGCUUAGUUUUUCUUUUCGAAUUAAUGUUUGAAUAAGAAAAAAAGUGUGAUGGUCAACGCUCUUAUGAUUUUUAAAU